CUAAAAAAGUGUAUCAAAUGUGUUUGUCUUUGUUGAUUUCUAUCCACAAGGUUUUUGUGAUCCUAUCUAUACUGUGUUAAAAUGGAUAUUUUAAAAUGAAAAAAAAAACCACAGGAUAGCUAGGAUUUAGGAAAGAAAUCUCAGUUGGUCAAUCGACCUUUGUUGUGCAAAUUAAAGUUCAUGGUGGCUUUCUUGUUUUGGUGAAAGCGACGUGGGUUUGUUGGAAAAUGGUGAGGCAAAGGACUGCUGUGGCAGCGUUGUUUUAUUUCUCUCUUUUCGUUUUCGUUUCAAUAUGGUUGAUGAUAACAAAUUUUCCGGAAAGGCAAUGUGAUUGUUCAAAAUGCCUGAGGAAGCCUCAGGAUUUAGCAUCACAAAUAAAAAAUAAAAGGAAUAUACAAGAUAGCGUCGUUCAAAGUAGCACAGAAAUUAAAACUCAAACAAAUACUCCUAAAGUACAAAUUACCACUAAAAUGCCAGCUACCACAAAGAAAACCAAGGGGGAAGAAUCAAAUUUUAAAAUAGUGUUGGCGGAUAAACCAGGAAAAUUCAAGCCAGUGGCACCAAGACACAAGUUAGGGGUACUUGUUCCAUACCGAGAUCGUCUGGAAGAACUUUUAAUAUUUGUACCACACAUGAGCAAAUUUCUAAACAAACAGAACAUCACAUUUCAUAUAUAUGUUAUCAACCAAGUGGACCUUCACAGGUUUAACAGAGCUGCAUUGCUGAAUGCUGGCUUUUUGUUUGCAGCAAACGAAUCAUGCGAUUACAUAGCAAUGCAUGAUGUUGACCUGCUUCCCCUUAAUAAUGAUCUCAAUUAUGGCUACCCAUCUGAAGGUCCAUUUCAUGUCUCUUCGCCAUCCUUACAUCCAAAGUACCAUUAUGCAAAAUUCAUUGGAGGAAUUAUGCUGAUGUCAAAUGAACAGUUCCGAAAGGUAAACGGUUUGUCCACUCAAUUUUGGGGCUGGGGCAGAGAAGAUGAUGAAUUGUAUAUGAGAAUUCAAGAUGAAAAAUUGAGAAUAAUGCAACCAGUUGGAAUCAAAACAGGAUAUAAAACCUUCAUGCAUAAUCAUGAGAAGAAACGCAAACGAGAUUAUCCAACUUCUCGGAAGCAGUACAAGGCUGGUUUUAAUCGGGACAAUAAAACUGGACUAAAUACUAUGGAUCAUAAAGUAUUAAGCAGACAUGAAAUGACCAUAGAGGGGUAUCCAGUCUCAAUGAUUGCAGUUCAAUUAAAAUGUAAAUAUGAAGUUACGCCAUGGUGCGAUAACUAAUGUCGUGUUUUGAUGACACACGUAUAUUUUAUGCGAUGAUAAAUACGUUUAUACUAUUAUAAAUUAUUUACCAGGUAGG